CGCCCAAAACUUCAGAAGUGCCCCUCUCUCUCUCCCCUGCUGUUUCUGCCCUCUCUUUCCUUCCAAGUCUUUGACACUCGAUUGCCUGUAUUUUCAUGCUCUGGUCUCUGUUCUAGGCUUCGUUUUCUUGGCGCGCCUUAGACUGAGAGGGAUUAUGGGUUGCUUUUGUUUUGCAAAGAAAUCAAGCAGAAAAUCGCAGGCCAACGACUAUAGCCAGAGCGCAAAGCCCAACAAUCACACAGAUACGGUGAAAGUUGAUUUGAAUGUGAAUGUGACGAAGGAAGCUCAUUCUAAGGGUGAUCAACUUUCUCAGGAUGUGAAGAGAUUAAAUUUAUCGGACAAUGGAGACACUAGUGGUAGCACGGCUCAGACUUUUACUUUUGAUGAACUUGCAGCGGCAACAGGAAAUUUUAGGUCGGAUUGCUUUUUGGGAGAAGGAGGGUUUGGCAAGGUUUACAAGGGGCAUUUGCAGAGAAUAGACCAGGUUGUGGCUAUAAAGCAACUUGACCCUAAUGGACUUCAAGGAAUUCGGGAAUUUGUUGUUGAGGUUUUGACACUUGGUCAAGCAGACCACCCUAAUCUUGUGAAAUUGAUUGGGUUUUGUGCUGAUGGAGAUCAGAGACUAUUGGUCUAUGAGUACAUGCCAUUAGGAUCUUUGGAGAACCACUUGCAUGAUCUUCCACCCGGUAGAAAACCACUUGACUGGAACACGAGAAUGCAAAUAGCAGCCGGAGCUGCAAAGGGCUUGGAGUAUUUACAUGAGAAAAUGAAGCCCCCGGUCAUAUACCGUGAUUUGAAAUGCUCAAACAUCUUAUUAGGUGAAGGAUAUCAUCCCAAGUUAUCUGAUUUUGGUUUGGCCAAAGUAGGCCCAAGCGGCGAUAAGACACAUGUUUCAACAAGGGUUAUGGGCACGUAUGGUUACUGUGCUCCAGAUUAUGCAAUGACGGGUCAGUUGACGUUCAAGUCAGACAUCUACAGCUUUGGCGUUGUUCUUUUGGAGCUCAUCACAGGCAGGAAAGCCAUUGAUAACGCUAGACCUGCCAAAGAACAAAAUCUGGUUGCAUGGGCAAGGCCGUUGUUCAAAGACAGGAGAAAAUUCUCCCAAAUGGUAGACCCAUUGCUGGAAGGCCAGUAUCCCGUGAGAGGUUUGUACCAAGCUCUGGCUAUUGCUGCCAUGUGUGUUCAAGAGCAGCCUAAUAUGCGGCCUGUGAUAACCGACGUGGUUACCGCAUUAAACUACCUUGCCUCCCAGAGAUAUGAUCCCCGAACUCAUCAUCAAGUACACAACUCCAGAAGAAGGGAUGACGAUCAAACACAUCUUGCUCGUAAUGGUUCUUCCUCGGACAGAUCAUCAGAUUAAGAAUAUUUGUGCUUGUUCAUAUGUCAGUGUGCCUUGCUAUCAAUUUUUGCUUCACAGAAGAUAACAAGGCGCUUUUACAAUCUUUUGUUCUAUUUUUUAUAUAUAUAUAAAAAGAAAAUUUUCUGAUAUUUCCUCUGGGUGUACAUGUGAGCUGCCUUCCUUGUAUUAAGAAGCCUCUUCGUAGGAUUUUUUCCUUUUGCCCAUUUAUUAUGAGAAUUCAGCCUCAGUCAUAAUAAAUGACUUCUUCCAGCC